AUGAUUAAAACUGUCUCGAGUCAAGGUGUCCUGCAGGUUGGCAUUCACCUUCCCGUAAGCAAAAAGUCCUGGCACAGCGCAAAAUUGGAAUGUUCCUCAAACAAUGGUGCUCAGUUGGUGAAGAUUGAUUCCUCUGAAGAAAACGACUUUAUCAAAACGACAUUUUUGGCUGAUGGCGCAGGUUACUGGAUUGGAUUGACAGAUGAAGAAACUGAAGGGAUCUGGAAGUGGUCUGACGGAAGCAUUCUCGCGGGAUUUCAAAAGUGGCACGAAUCCCAGCCAAGCGGCAUACCUUUGAAGAAUUGUAGUGGAAUAAGAAUGGGAUCAUUUCUGCUAAGGAAUUACGAUGCGGAGUGGCACGAUAAUGAGUGUGAAGACCGUAGAGGGUACAUCUGUGAAAAGUAA